AUGCCUUCCACCUACAAGAGGGACAAGCCGUGGGACACGGAUGACAUUGACAAGUGGAAGGUCGAACCCUUCCAACCCGAUGACAAUGUCGCCGGUAGUUUCGCUGAAGAAUCUUCCUUCGCCACUCUGUUCCCCAAGUACCGUGAAGUCUACCUGAAGGAAGCAUGGCCCGUUGUGACAAGAGCGCUCGAGAAAUUCGGUAUUGCCUGUACGCUGGAUUUGGUCGAGGGUAGCAUGACAGUCAAGACGACCCGAAAGACGUUCGAUCCUGCUGCGAUCCUCAAGGCCCGUGAUCUGAUCAAGCUGUUGUCGAGAAGUGUGCCGGUGCAACAGGCUCUCAAAAUCCUCGAAGACGACGUCGCCUGCGACAUCAUCAAGAUCCGCAACCAAGUCCGCAACAAAGAGCGCUUCGUCAAGCGUCGUCAACGUAUCCUCGGCCCUGGUGGUUCCACCCUGAAAGCCCUGGAGCUGCUUACAAGCACCUACAUCCUGGUCCAAGGUAACACGGUCGCCGCCAUGGGCCCUUACAAGGGUCUCAAGGAAGUCCGUCGCAUCAUCAACGACUGCAUGGCCAACAUUCACCCGAUCUACCACAUCAAGGAACUCAUGAUCAAGCGCGAACUGGCCAAGGACCCGACCCUGGCGAACGAAUCCUGGGACCGCUUCCUGCCCAACUUCAAGAAGCGCACGCUGUCCAAGCGUCGCGUGCCGUUCAAGGUCACCGACAAGACGAAGAAGGUGUACACUCCUUUCCCUCCGGCACCGGAGAAGAGCAAGGUGGAUCUCCAGAUCGAGUCGGGCGAGUACUUCCUGUCCAAGGAGGCGAAGGAUCGGCAGCAGAAGGAGGAGGUCAUGGAGAGACAGCGGUUGAAGCGCGAGGAGAAGAUGAAGGAGCGCGAGAAGGCGUUCGUGCCGCCCGAGGAGCUGGACGCUGCGGAGGAGAAGAAGAAGGAGAAGAAGGAAAAGAAGGAGAAGAAAGAGAAGAAGAAGCGGAAGCGCGACUCCGAGGCCGCGGAUGUAGAUGGCGACGACGGUGCCGAGAAGAAGGAAAAGAAGAAGAAGAAGAAGUCCAAGUCGAAAGAGGAUGCGUCGGAUGGCGAGGCGUGA